CAACUAAACUAGUAUACACCGACUGCGCAGACCAGACUGGCGGCAAGGCAAUGUACUGAUACAUCUAGACAGACCGAAACCAUCCCUCAGUGCUUCUUGAGCUUCUUCCAGUGGAGGUAGCCGACUAUCAGAGUGCCAGUCAGACAUAACUGAACACACACGCACACACCACAAAACCAGCACACUCAGCAAUCGAUGGGCCAGGCCAUGACGCGUAACGGCGAGUGCAGUGCAGUGCAGUGCAGUGCAGUGCACCAGUGCUGUUCCCGUACCAGUAGGGUAACUCCACAGCCGAUGAUAAUGGCCUUGUCGAUGGCCGGAGGUUCUCUCAUGGCACCAAGGUGCUUUAUCAGCAUGUCGACGCCUUGCGGGCCGUAGGCCACGACAGUCACCUCGUCCUUGGUGAUGUCCCGCCAGCCCUCGCCUGCCUUGUAGCCGACCAGAGGAAAUGCAAAGUCCUGAGGCAGGCAGAUAGAUGCAUGCUCAGCGAAUGAAUGACUGGUCUCGUGACUGGUCUGCAGUGCACACUGCUACCUCGUUUGUGAAGCCUUGUUUGUAGUAGGCGUCGCUCAUCCUUAUCAUCUGUGGCAGACCCAGCGUCGGCUCGUCUGAGCUGCAGACCACCACCAUUGCCCUCCCUCCCCUGGCUUGGCGGAUGACCUGCACCAUCUGCUUGCCCACCGCCUCUGCAUUGCCGCCCUUGCCAACCUCCCAGGCGACGAAAUAGGUCCCCUUUGAGGUCACAGACAUGG